AUAAUACUAAUAUGCUAUCGCCGUUUCCCCUAAUUCAGAGUAAGAUAAAUUUUACCCCUCUCGCACGCUCGCCGCCGUUCAGCUGCGCGCCACCGCCCCCGCCGCCGCCGCCGCCGACGUUCAGCUCUUUUACUUGAAGAAGAUAAAGGAGUUGUCUAGUAACUCUUAUUCAGAGAGUUUAGCUACAUCAACAAGCAGAGGACAAUGGCAGACGAAGCGAUCAGAAGUGCAUUUCUUGAAAUUCAAAGUCGGAUGAUUGAGACCACUGCGAAGUUAAAGCAGGUCCAGAAUCAGCUGCGAAAUAAAGAAGGGGAGAAGAAGCGUGCUUACUUGACUUUGGAGGAACUUAAGCUGCUAUCUGACGAUACAAAUACUUACAAAUCUAUCGGGAGAACGUUUAUUUUGGAGCCAAAAUCAUCUCUGAUGGAAGAACAAGAAGGAAAGCUUAGGGAUAGUGAAGCUGCUAUUUCCUCUUUGCAGACGUCGAAGGAGUAUUUAGAAAAGCAGAUGGCUGAGAUUGAGAACAACCUAAGGGAGCUUCUGCAACAAGAUCCUGCUCUUGCUCGUCAGAUAAUGGCCAUGUCCGUCUAAGUCUGGUUUCCGCAGCAGAUUUUUCGACUUCUCUAGCAAACUCGGUAAUCUGUUUUCUUCACUUUCUCUUACUCUCUUCGUGUGUAUUGUGUUGUGGAGUUCAGCUCUUGGUAUGCUAUACUUACAUUACAUUUGGCAAUCGAUUGCAAAGCUACACUGUCUUUUAAUUGUUAUCAUCAUCAUCAAUAUUUUCUUUGAAUGAAUUUUAUUUUUAAA